ACAAAGAGAAAAAAAAUGUUAGAACGGAGGUUAAAUCAACUUCUGUAAAAAAAAAAACUAAAAGUAGCAUUUUUUCUAGUUUUAAAAAACAUACGCCAGUUACGGCUGAGGAGAUUUCUGACUAUCUAAAGCUUGAAGAAAUUGAUGUUGA